GAGGGGCGGAAAAAGGCGCGCGCGGGGCGAGAGAUUUAAAAGUGGUUUUUUGUUUUUUCUUCUGUCCGACGAAGAAGGAAGCGGAGCCAUGAACUGCUUGAUGAUGCCCGGAGUGCAGCCAGGAUCGCCCCUCAAGGCCCGCGGCCAAAUCCAGGUCAUCUUUGGACCCAUGUUCUCUGGAAAAAGCACUGAACUCCUGCGCCGAGUUCGUCGGUUCCAAAUUGCACAGUACAAAUGUGUGCUGAUCAAGUAUGCCAAAGACACGCGCUAUUGCGUCAACGGAGUCUCCACACAUGACAGGAAUACCAUGGAGGCAGUGUUGGCUUGUUGCCUCAAGGAUGUGCAUCAGGAGGCGCUCAGUUCUGCUGUAAUUGGCAUUGAUGAAGGCCAGUUUUUUCCCGACGUCGUUGAGUUUUGUGAGGCCAUGGCCAAUGCGGGGAAGACGGUCAUCGUGGCUGCCCUUGAUGGGACCUUUCAGAGGAAGGCCUUUGGGAACAUCUUGCAACUGGUCCCCUUGGCGGAGAGUGUGGUGAAACUAAAUGCUGUCUGCAUGGAGUGCUAUCGUGAGGCGUCUUAUACCAAGAGGUUGGGAGCAGAGAAGGAGGUAGAAGUAAUAGGAGGGGCCGACAAAUACCAUUCUGUGUGCCGCGUCUGCUACUUCAAGAAACGACCACAACCGGCAACAACAGAGAACAAAGAGAACCUACCGAGGGGGAAUAACCAGCUGGAGAUCACUGCUUCCCGGAAGGUCUUGUCUGCUUGUCAGAAUAUGCAGUGGAGCUCCUCAAACUGAGUGAGGCCGACAGAGGACUAUCUCCGAGGUGGACUUGAUUAAGGAACUGUAUACCUGUUUUAGCCUUCUGGCUAUGUUAAAACUUGUGUUAUAAAAGACAAUAGCAGCGUAGGAGGCAAAAUUGGCUUUUGAUACAAGGUUGAAGGACAGUAAAAGAGGAGAUUUAGCUGUUCCAUGCUACAAAUGACAAACCAAUGUAUUGGUGCCUUGGUUUCUUGGGGGAGGAGAUUUCCUAAUGUCACUGUACUGCAGAAUUGGUGCUUCCUCUUGCAUAAACCUGCCCUGAGAUGUUUUCUUCAGAGUUCAACUGUCACAGCAGUGUGGAGUGGGCUGCACUUACUAAGAAAGCCUGUUUCAUAGUGAAACCAAAUCGGUCUGCUCCCCAAACUCGGAUCUUUUCCUGUUAAGUCAGUGCACGCCCUCAUCAUAGCCCACAUCUGACUUGUAGCAUCAGCAGACAAUGAAGAUUGAUUCUUAGCUUGGCUGGCUAGAUUUGGUCCGUUCUGUAUCACACCCUGAUUCAGUAUUGAGUAAUGUGUGUGUGCAAGUGCCAAUGUCUCCAGUUCUGUGAUGUUAAGGUAUAUGCGGUGACACUAGGGCCAAACAGGGCAAAGCAUUUUACCAGCUGCAAUGUAUCUAGAAAUGGGCAACAAGCAAUACUUAACCACUGUGUUAAUUUGGCUCUAGAAAUCUGUAUUCCACAGCAGGUCUUUAACUUCCUUAAUUUAUUCAGGUUUCCCGGUAGCAUCAAUCAUGUCUAUUGUUUACAUAACAGAUGUCCCUUAGGUACCUACAUUUAAUACAACCUUUUGACAGAUUGAUCUUACUGCUGUCUUUGUGUGAUGAACAGUAGCUGUUUACUGCAUUCAGUCCCGCGAACCCUUUUGCUUUUGCACUUAAAUGUGCUCUAGGGGUGUUUGACUGCUCAUCCAUUUCCUCUGGAUGGCAUGAAAACAUGGUAUCUUUGUAGUGAUUAUUAAAA